CGUAUAUUUGCAUGAAUUGACCUUAUCAGUCUGUCUUCAACAUCAAGUGCAUGGUACAGCCUGCAUCCGGAUGUGACGAGAUUGUUACUGCAUUAUGCUCAGUGGGGAAUAUUUGAAGCCACACAAUAUUGCGGAGGAUAACGGAACCAUGGACAGGAUGUGUUGACAUAGUCGUCUUCAUUGGAUUCAAGCUUCCCUGUCCUGCUCUGGAUACAGUGAUGCAGCACUGAAUGGACAACUCGUGCCACCUGCAGAGUGACAACAUCCCAGAAACACCCACCAACAAUCUGGAGAGUCAUCUGCAACCAACCAACUGAGGGUUGAGAAAGACAUACAAGUGACAGCGAGGAAGUAAAACGAGGAAAUAUAAGAAUUCUGAGUUAUAGAGCUGGAGUGAAAGAAGACAGGAGGAUAAAGAGAGAAAGGGUGAGUUGUGGAGCUGCCUGAGUGCUGCAGUGUGGAGGUUGGAGGUCAUGGUGGGACGGGGCCUGUGGGUGUGUAAGCCCCGCUUUGGUAAGCGGGGGCGGUUCGGGGUGGUGCCUGCUCUCUGUGUGCUGAUAGUCAGUGCUGCUCUGCUAGCUCUGCUCUUUGUGGACUCCAUUGAGUCAUGGGCCACCUCCAUGAACAUGAACACAAUGGUAGAGGCGCAGGGGGGGAUCAUACCCCCACAAAGUGUCCCCCCAACCAGACCCGAGGAGUACCUCCUUAUGCCCAGCCCUCUCGUCUGCCAGCGUGCCAAACCCUACCUCAUCGCCAUGGUGACCUCCGCCCCAGCCAAUCAGAUGGCCCGCCAGGCCAUCCGGGACACGUGGGGUGGGGAGGUGGAGGUCAGGGGUCAUAGGGUCAUGACUUUGUUCAUGGUCGGGGUGGCCUCUGACCCUGGGCUAGCCAAGCUGCUGAUAGAGGAGGCCCGGGAACGAGGGGACCUGAUCCAAGGGCGCUUCUGGGACUCCUACUCUAACCUGACCCUGAAGACCCUCUCCAUGCUGAACUGGGCCCGACGCUUCUGCCCCCAGGCCCACUUCCUGGCCAAGGUGGACGAUGAUGUCCUGUUCAACCCCGGGGCCCUGCUGCGCUACCUGAACAGGAGUACCGUGACCAACACCUACGAGCAUGGGGACCUGUACCUUGGCCGGGUCCACCUUCAUGUGGCUCCAGACCGAGACCCAGACAGUAAGCACUACCUCCCUAGAGGGGCGUACCCUGCAUCUGUCUUCCCUGACUACUGCAGUGGCACUGCCUACAUCCUCUCUCGCUCCGCCCUGCUCAAGAUCUCCUUGACGGCCGCUGCCUCACCUCUGCCCACCCCUCUGCCCCCCGAGGACGUGUUUGUGGGUCUGUGUGCCCGUGCGGCUGGAGUGCUGCCCUCCCACUGCCCGCUGUUUUCUGGUGGGCCCGCAGUGCCCUACGGGCGCUGCUGCUACCAGGCCAUGGUGUCCAUCCACCACAUCUCCCCCAGAGAGAUGCUCCGGUUUUGGGCUGACAUCCACUCCCCUCCCCCCUGCUCCUGGCUGGGCCUGCGUGCCUCCCUGGGGGUCUGUAAAGUCCGGGCCAUGCUGGGGACCUUUCUGGGGGUGGAUCAGGGGCUGUGAGUGGGGUGUUGCCCUCGUGGAUAGGAAACUAUUGUGUUUUGGGGGCUGUGCCUCUGCCAGGAUUUCAAUACUGUGAAUAGCACAAGCGCUCUAUUUCAUUGGGUACGGUAAGGAAUCACUGUGCCCUAUGAAAAUGUGCUUUUAUUUUUUAUAGCUUUUUAGGAAUAUUUGAAUGUAUUUUAUGUUAUGUUAUAAUGCUGGCAUUUUGUCAAAGCUGAAGGAAUAUGAAUCAGUAGUUGAAGGGAAUUAGUGUGAAGAUAUAUUUAAGACUGUUAGAACACACAACAUACCAGUGUUUCCCAACUCCAGUCCUCCAGUAUCUCCAACAAUACACAUUUUAGUUGUAGCCCUGGGCAAGCACACCUGAUUUAACUUGUCAACUAAUCAUCAAGCCCUCAUUGAGUUGAAUCAGGGAGUUUGUCCAGGGCUACAACAAAAAGGUGUGCUGUUGGGGGUCCUGGAGGACUGGAGUUGGGAAACACUGCUGUAGAAAUGUAAAUAUUACUGACCAGGAAACACAUAACCUACAGGAUAUUUGCCAUUAAUGUAAGAAUUUAGAGUAAUGUUAUUAAUGCAUAAUGGAAUGUUAUACUAAUUAAAAUCUAAUUUUAUUUUUCACAUCCGCUUAAUACAACCGGUAUAGACCUUACAGUAAAAUGCUUACUUACAAGCCCUUAACCAACAAUGCAGUUUUAAGAGAAAUACAUGUUAAGUAAAAAAUAGAUAAGUAAGAAAUAAAAGUAACAAUUAAAGAGCAGCAGUAAAUAACAAUACCGAGGCUAUAUACAGGGGGUACCAAUGGUUAGUUGAGAAGUUUAGAAGCUGUUGAGAAACCUUUUGGACCUAGACUUGGCGCUCCGGUACCGCUUGCCGUGCGGUAGCAGAGAGAACAGUCUAUCACUAGGGUGGCUGGAGUCUAUACCACUGCCUGGUAUAGAGGUCCUGGAUGUCAGGAAGCUUGGUCCCAGUGAUGUACUGGGCCGUGCGCACUACCCAAGCAGUUGUCAUACCAGGCAGUGAUGCAACCAGUCAGGAUGCUCUCAAUGGUGCAGCUGUGUAACGUUUUGAGGAUCUGAGGACCCAUGCCAAAUCUUUUCAG